UUAAUCUGUGCACUAAACGAACUGUCUCUGAUCUGUCAAGACGUUUUACUUUUGGGAGAAUGUAGAAACAAUUGAUUUUACACGUUUUAUAUUGUUGUUUUUCUGAGAUUAUUUACUUUGUUUAUGAAGAUUACAUACUUGGCCGUUUAACUGUCGAGAUGGCAGCCACGGCCGAAACUGAGAUGUCUGUGGCCGAGCUGAAAGCGGAAAUAGAAAGGCUGAGCCGUGAGCUCGACCAGGCCAGCAGUGAAAAAAUACAAUCAGCUCAACUUGGGUUGGUACUCCUCGAAGAGAAGAGUGCAUUGCAACAAAGAUAUGACGAAUUAGAAGGUAUUUACGAUAACACAAGACACGAGUUGAAAAUCACACAAGAGGCUCUUAUGAAAUUGGACACAACACAGAAGGUGACCACACGAAGUGGUAUAGAACAAGAAAAUGCCCUCCUUAAUGAAUCUGCUGCUAUGGAGAGUUCACUUACAUUACAGAUAUUGGAACUGGAAGGUGAAACAAAACAGCUCCGGCACGAGCUAGAGCGCGUGGUGAGCGAGCGCGACCGGCUGCUGGCCGAGAGCUCGGAGCUGGGCGCGGACAAGGCGAGCCGCGAGUCAGAACGCGCCGCCCUGCGCGCCGAGCUGCGCGAGGCGAGGCAGCGGGAACAGCGGCUGCUGCUCGACAUCGGUGACCUUGAGGACGAGAACAUAUCGCUGCAGAAGCAGGUCUCCGCGCUCCGCUCCUCGCAGGUGGAGUUUGAAGGUCUAAAGCAUGAAGUGCGACAGCUUCGUGAGGAGGCUGAGAAUGCGCGCGCAGCUGCUGAGGAGACAGCGGCGCUGCGUCGCAUCGCAGAGCGACAGCUGGCUGAAGCGUUGGAAGCGCUGCAGGCCGAGCGGGAGGCUAAGUUCGCUGCUAAGAAGGAACUUGAUGCACAUCUUAGCAGGGAGGCUGCCUACAAUAUCACCAACCUGGCAUAUAGUAUACGAGGUAUGCCAGAAGACGGCACAGAGGACGAGGGCGAGCCCGGCGGUUCUAACGCUGCGGAACUCGCGACCGCCAUGGGCGAUCACCACGCCGACCUGUUCUCAGAAGUCCACCUCCACGAGAUCUCGCGUCUUGAGAAACAACUCGAACAGGCACAUAACGAAAAUAGCCAGCUGUCGGCGUCGAUGCGGGCCGCGCAGGCGGCGGCGGAGAGCGAGGGCGCGGCGGCGGCCGUGCUGCGCGCCGGGCUCGUGCGCGCCGCCGGCCGCGUGUCCGCGCUGCACGCGCUGCACUCCGACUGCGCGCCGCUGGAGGAGGAGAAGGAGAAGUGCGCGGGCGGCGUGAGCGCGCGCGCGGCGCGCUGGCUGACUUGGUGGCGCGUGUCGGGCGGCGAGCUGGGCGCGCUGGCGGCGCAGCUGGCCGAGCUGCAGGCCGGCGCCGCGCCCGCCGACGGCUCGGCCGCCGCGCUGGCGCGCCAGCAGCUCGCGCAGCUCAGCGACCGCGUCGCCGAGGCCGAGGUGCGCGCCGCCGCGCUGCACGCCGACGCCGACCUGCUGCGCACGCUCGCCGGAGGUGCGGGUCGAGCGUUGUCGACGGCGGCGCCAGCUCUCGCAUCGGCCGCGGAGACGCUCGCGCAAAUCUACCACCACGUAUGCGCCAUCAACGGCACGCAACCCGAGCGGCUGCUGCUCGAGCACGCCGGUCAAACAGACGUGGGCGGAGGCGAGGGCCGGUCGGUGGAAGACGAGGCUCUGGCGCUGGCGGCCGGCGAGUUGGAGGGCUUGCGGGCCGCCGGCGGCGUCGCGCGCUCCGCAGACACGCUGCUCGACCAGCUCACGCACCUGCGGGCCGCGCUCGACACCGCGCUCGACUCGCGCAACAGGCACCAGCACCAGCCCGUGAUGGAAACCGAGGAGCGCGGCGCCGAGAUGGCGGAACUGCAGGAGCAAGUAAUAAAACUGAAGUCGCUGCUGUCGACGAAGCGAGAACAGAUCGCGACGCUGCGCACAGUGCUCAAGUCGAACAAGAACACCGCGGAGGUGGCUCUCGCCAAUCUCAAGUCCAAGUACGAGACGGAGAAGACCAUCGUCACCGAGACCAUGCUCAAGCUCAGGAACGAGCUCAGGCUGCUCAAGGAGGACGCCGCUACCUUCUCAAGUUUGCGCGCGAUGUUCGCGGCCCGCUGCGAGGAAUACGUCACGCAGGUGGACGAGCUGACGCAGUCGCUCGCCGGCGCCGAGGAGGAGAAGAAGACUCUCAACCAGCUGCUGCGCCUCGCAGUGCAGCAGAAGCUCGCGCUCACGCAACGCCUCGAGGAACUAGAGGUGGACCGCGAGAUGCGCACGCGGCGCGUGCCGAAGGCGGCGGGCGCGGCGCGCGCGCGCGGCCGCGACUUCUAGCGGCUCGUGCGCGCGCUCAAGGCCGCCGCCGCCGCGCUGCGCGCGCUGCUGCAGCCGCCGCGCGCGCGCGAGCACGCGCACCGCCCGCGCCUCCACGAAUUUAUACGUUGACCUCGCGCGCGGGGCUCGACCACUCCGACUUUUUAUAAU